AUGACAACUCUGUAUUUGUUCUUCUGUGGCUUGGUGCUGCAUGUGUCUGAUGGACAACUGGACUACAUCUCCCAGGGAGAAGGAUUACAUCUGCAAGGGGACUUCUCCAUAGCUGGGCUUUUUCCUCUUCACUACACCAAUGGGCCAAGUGUCGGUUUGCCUGCUUUAGGUCCAUGCAAUAUGGGCCGGCUCAACAAGCAUGGCUUCCAUAUGAUGCAAGCCAUGAGAUUUGCGGUGGAAGAAGUCAACAACAAGAGUGGAGUCCUGAACUCCCUCCUACCAGGGGUCACACUGGGCUACCAGAUGUAUGACAUAUGUUCAGUACCAGCCAGUGUACUGGCCACACUGGACAUCCUGGAGGAACAGUACCAUGGCUCCACUGCAUCCAGGAUGGCGACACAGAAGACAGAAACUGUUGCUGUGAUUGGACCGGACAGCAGCAGCAAAUCUUUCACUCCAGCUGCUCUGCUGGGCGCUUAUCUCAUACCACAAAUCUCCUAUGAAGCAUCAAACCAAAAACUGAGCAACAAGAUCCUCUACCCAUCCUUUUUGCGCACCAUUCCCAGUGACAAAAACCAGGUGGAGGCCAUGAUCCAGCUCCUGGUGCAUUUCAACUGGACCUGGAUCGCCCUGCUGGGCAGCGACAACGACUACGGCCUGGGUGGCAUGCAGAGUCUGUCCCAGCUGGCGCCACACCACAACAUCUGCGUGGCCUUCCAGGGAGUCAUCCCGUCCUACAGCGACGACACCGUCAGGACCAUGAGGAACUUGGUGGAUGGCAUACUGAGGGCCAAGGUCAACACCAUUGUGGUGUUCUCCAGUAAGUCCAAACUGAGCGGCUUCUUCCCGUUUGUGGUGGAGCGUAAUGUGACAGGAAAGGUGUGGAUCGGCACGGAAGACUGGUCGGUCGCCACUCUCAUAUCCGGGAUCGCCGGGAUCCACACCAUCGGCACCGUGCUCGGCGUCUCCAUCAAGACCGCGGACAUUAGUGGCUUUCAAGAGUUUGAGAGGAAAGUUGUAGAAGCUUCUCUGCAUCGCGGUGAUAGUCAGACGGCUUCUGGCAGCCAUGUUUGUCUGCACAGCACAGACGUGUACAGUCUGGCCAGAAACAACUUCACUUUGGAGCAGUAUGACGUCACCUCCUCCUUCAAUGUGUACAAGGCGGUGUAUGCCGUGGCACAUGCUCUCCAUCGAGGUCUUGACUGUGACUCUGGACGCUGCUUAGUGAAGAAGGUGCGUCCAUGGCAGCUCCUGCCGUUGCUUCGAGACGUGGGAUUCUCUCUGCAGAACACGUCUGUGUACUUUGAUGAGAAUGGCGACCCUCCCACAGGAUAUGACAUUGUGACGUGGAUUUGGAGAGGCCCGGCGUGGUCCCUAAGGGUGGUGGGUUCUUUCAGCCCUAAUCCCCCUCAGCUCACACUUGAUGAAGACGCCAUCGAGUGGCACGGCAAGGAGACAUCAAGAUCAGUUCCGGCCUCCUUCUGUUCUCCGCCCUGCCCAAAAGGUCACAGGAAGUUGAUGAAAGGACAACACACGUGUUGCUUCGACUGCCAGGCAUGUCCUGCUGCCACUUUCCUAAACACAAGCGAGCCCACCGAGUGCCAGCCGUGCCCCCCGGAGCAGUGGGCCCCCCCAAGCAGCGAGCGGUGUUACGAGCGCGCCAUCCUCCUCCUGGCCUGGGACGCCCCCCUCUCCAUGGCCCUGCUCUUCUUCCUGGCCUGCUGCCUCCUGCUGACCUCUGCCUCGGCCGCCGUCCUCCUGCGUCGCCUGGGCACCCCCGUGGCCAAGUCCGCCGGGGGCCGCACGUGCCUCCUGAUGCUCGCCGCCCUGGCGGCCGCCUCCUUGAGCGCCCUGUGCCACUUUGGCCGCCCCUCGCCGGCGGCCUGCGUGCUCAAGCAGCCUCUGUUCAUGUUCAGCUUCACGGUGUGUCUAGCCUGCAUCGCCGUGCGCUCCCUGCAGGUGGUCUGCAUCUUCAAGCUGGCCUCCAAGCUGCCGCCCGCCUACGACAAGUGGGCCAAAAAGCGAGGGCCGGAGUGGACCAUUUUCAUAAUGUCUGCCGUCAUUUUGUUCAUUUCCGUAACCCGGGUAGCGAUUGACCCUCCCGAGCCCUCCCAGGACGUGGACUUCUACAAGGACAGCAUGGUCCUGGAGUGCAGCAGGACCCUGUCGCUGGGCUCAGGCCUGGAGCUGGCUUACGUGUCCCUGCUCAGCGUGCUCUGCUUCUCCUUCAGCUACAUGGGCAAAGACCUGCCGGCCAACUACAACGAGGCCAAAUGCGUCACCUUCAGUCUCACGGUCUACAUCAUCUCCUGGAUCAGCUUCUUCACCGUCUACCUGGUCAGCAGGAGCCCGUUCUCCAUGGCGGCGCACGUCUUCGCCAUACUCUUCAGUGUGCUGGCCUUCUAUGUGGGAUACUUCCUGCCCAAGAUGUAUAUCAUCCUGCUCAGGCCGCAAAUGAACACCACAGCUCAUUUCCAGAACUGCAUUCAGAUGUACACCAUGAGCAAACAAUGA